AUGUCGUCCGAAUCGAGAAUUGUGAAACUUUUCGAGGAAGUGUUGGAGGACAAAUAUAUCAUACCAAUUUGCAAUGAAGAGGAGCAACGGAAGCGGGCUGAGGAGGGUUUUAAAAAGAUUGGUACACUUUUCGGUGCGAUGACACCGGAUGUGAAAGAAGCAUCGAUCCGCAGCUAUCUCGGAUAUGUGGCAUCUGUUAACCACCAGAACCGGGUGCACGCAUAUUUGGUGGUGAUGAACCGUAUGGUGGCGCUAAACAUCAUACCCGCAAAGCUUCUGUGCGAUCAGAUCAUGGGUUCAGAAAAGCUGACCUAUAAGAACCAGUGUUUCUGGAUCGAAGCCUUUCAGCUGGUGCGUAAGGUCAUCGGUGGCAUCGACUACAAGGGUGUACGGGAGAUCAUGAAAUGCUGCAAAGAGAAAGCGCUUUCGUUUCCGGUUAAUGUGAGCGUCAACAUUCUCCCUCAGUUGCACGAGUUGAUCGAACUGAUCGAGCACAUCUUCAAUCGAUCGGCGUGCCUACUACCGGCUUACUUCAUCAUCAACGAGAUUAAAAAGACCGACUAUCAAAAUAUGCACUGGCGGGUGUCGAAUCUGAUUGCUAACUUUAUCGAAGAAUUUGUUGCGGUCGCCCAGAUGCUCUCCAUCAUUGGCCACUCGUCUAUGCUGCCGAUCGUGGAACACUCAUCCUACGCAGACAACCUUAUAAUACCGUGGAAACUCGAUCCGGACACUCUGAAACUAUCGUUGCGUGGUAAUCUUCCUUAUGACGACGAAUUACUUCAGUGUCAGGCUCGACUGUUACGCUUUGUCCUCCAGCAGCCGUAUUCUCGCGACAUGGUGUGUUCAAUGCUGAAUUUUCAAAAGCAGCAAAAGCAAAAAUGUGCGGCACUGGAGGAGCAACUUGUAUGGCUAGUUCUAAACGCGAUGGAGUAUUCGGAAAAGGAAUCACAAACGACGAGCGGAACAGGCCCAAAUGGCGAGCACGAUGAUGGAGUUUCGAGCCACACGCAAUGGGUUUGGCUACAUUUGAGUUCACAGUUGAUCUACUUCGUGUUGUUUCAAUUUGCCACGUUUCAGAACAUCGUUAACACACUCCACGAGAAGCUGGCCGUUCGCAAUCUACGUCGUGGCCGCGAUCAUUUGAUGUGGGUGUUUUUGCAAUACAUUUCGGGGAGCAUUCAAAAGCACUCCAUACUUAACUUCUUACCAGUGCUGAAGUUGUACGAUAUACUGUACCCGGAGAAGGAACCUCUGCCAGUACCAGACUAUAACAAUCCAUACUGCACGCACCAAAUGGCACCAACGUGCAUCUGGAUUCACCUGAUGAAACGUGCGCAAACGGAAAAUUACAAUAUAAACCGUCCGAUACCCAUUGCUUUGCGGUCACAUUUCGAUUAUCUGCAGCAAUUGGCGAUGCCCAGCAAUAAUCCUACUCUGUUCAUGGGCUCCGAAUAUCGAUUUGCUUUGUUGUGUAAUGCUUACUCAACGCAAACUGAUUAUUUCUCGCGCCCUAUGCAAGCACUGAUCGACACGAUCCUCGGAAACAGUAAGAAUCCGCAAGCAAGCAUGGCUGGGGGAGGAGGUGGUGGUGGCCAACCUCUGCCCACGGCACCUCUGUCCAUGCGCGUACUGGAUAGUCUGACCAUCCACAGCAAAAUGUCGUUGAUACACAGCAUCGUGAUGCAUAUGAUCAAGCAGGCCCAGAAUAAAAACUCGAUUCCAAAUGGAAACAAUAUGGCGCCAGCACUUGUGGAAACCUAUUCGCGGUUGCUCGUUUAUACAGAGAUUGAAUCGCUCGGUAUCAAGGGUUUUCUUGGUCAACUCCUGCCGCAAGUGUUCAAAUCGCACGCUUGGGGUAUACUGUACACACUGCUAGAGAUGUUCUCUUAUCGAAUGCACCACAUUCACUCUCACUACCGAGUGCAGCUGUUAACGCAUUUGCAUUCACUGGCUUCCGUACCGCACACGAACCAAAUGCAACUACAUUCAUGCGUGGAAUCAACUGCCCUUCGGUUGAUCAUAGGUCUCGGUUCGGUUGAGGUGCAGGCUCAGCUUUCGCGUUACGUCAGCGAGCCAAAACCGCCAGGCAAUAUCGUUUCGGCUGAAAGUGAGGAGCUAAACCGUGCACUAAUACUUACGCUAGCCCGCUCGAUGCACAUCACAGGCACCGGCAGCGAUCCACAAUCGAGUGCGUGGUGCAAGGAUCUAUUGCAAAACAUCAUGGCCAACACGCCACACGCCUGGCCACAGCAUACGUUGUAUUGCUUUCCGCAGGUGCUGAAUGAAUUCUUUUUGCAACACGGCAUCCCAAAGGAAAGCAAGCAAUUGUUGAAGAAAACGGUCGACGAAGAGUUUCGCAACUGGGCUUCGAUGACGAACGAAAACGAUAUCAUUGCACAUUUCGGUAUGGCCGUCAACCCUCCGUUGUUUUUGUGUCUCGUAUUCAAGAUGAUUAUUGAAACGGAUGCAAUCAGUCCGGUAGCUUACAAGAUACUGGAACGCAUCGGCGCCCGCGCCUUGUCCACGCAUCUGCGGAAACUGUGCGAUUACUUGCUUUUCGAAGUAGCCAACUCCGGCGGAGGUGCACACGUUAACAAAUGUGUCGACACGAUUAACGACAUGAUUUGGAAGUACAACAUCGUGACGAUUGAUCGGUUGCACUUUGACAAUGUCUACCAGGUCCGUUGUUUCGAAUACCGACACAACUCACUCAAGCCGUGGUUUGAUCACUGGCAGAUUUGUUCCAAUCUACGCGAAGGGCCUUGUUUCCUGCGCGAACUGUCCUAA